AAUUUUGUAAAUACAAAAGCAAAAGGAAAUAUAAUGUUGACAGGCAUAUUAAAAGUGCGCACCAAAAUUCUUCGGUGUCACAUUCUGAGGGCUUCGCGGCACCUGAGCCAUUUGCGCCAAUUGAUUGGUCAAUGGCGUCACCAGAAGUAGAAGAGACCGUUGAAAUGGAGCCACCUGUCCAACUCCUCGAAGUGGUGAAUAUCGAACCAGAUGGGGUAGAACCCAAGGAAAGCGGCUACAAGUGGCAAACUUUGACAUACGAAAAAAAGAAAUUUUUUGAAAGACUGGGCGAAGAUAUUCAAGUGCCCAGUGAUAUUGUUAAGGCAUAUCCCCAUAUAUGCCUCUUUAGUCUCUACGAUUCUGUCAAUGCUCAAGGUGGCUUUGACAGAAAUGUAGAUUGGGACGUGGUUGCCAUAUGCUGCAGCCUUUUAGGUUUCCCGCCCGAGGAGCUGAAGAGUUUGUACGCCUCGUUGUUGCUGCCAUUUGAGCGCGUUGAGGCUCCCAAAACUCGGGAGCUGAAUUUGCUCGGCAUUCCCAUCUGGUGGGACGAUGGGGAAUACAUUUUUCCCUAUAAUCAAGGCGUUCGUUUUAGGAGCUACCCGUUUUCCAAAAGGACGGUUGCAGCAGUUAUGUUUCGAGUGUAUCAGAAGUACUAUAUUACUUCUCCAAACCGGCAUGAAUUCCGGGUAAAAGAUUCCUGGAUUUAUAUUUGCGGAUAUAAACCAGAUCGAUUCAUUAAAAUAAUACAAAAUUUCAAAUAA